CUCAUUUAACUAUCUCCGUUAUAAUGUCGAAUUCUAGUACUUACGGUAACUAAUUGAAAAUUCUGACCCCAUAUGGGUAUAACGCUGGUUAAUUCAAUGAUUAAACAUGGUGAUACAUCGAAAAUCUAAUCAGUUAGUGAAAGCAUUGGUGGAAGCCUCGACCCAGCGCGCACCCCUACGCCGGUCUCUGAUAGGCCCAAUAUCAUCCGAUAUACUUUGCGCAGCGACGCCAUUACAAUACCUCGUCAAACUUCGAAUGUUCAACAUUGCUCAGAGUAACUAGUUUCUCAUUUGAUUUCACGUUAUAAUAUCGGAUUCGGAGACUAGAUAAUAGGUCAUAUGAAUAUCCGGAAGUAUUCGUUCCGGAUCUCCGCUUUUCCUACUACGUACAAUGGUGAGCUGUGAAUUUAUCAACUUUUUGGAAUUUUUCCACGACGGAAUCUCGUGCUACAUGGCGCUCGGGUGCCUCCGCUACAACGCUUCGACUCAUAAUUCCUUCCCGCGCUUGAGCCGCUCCAUGGGAAAUGAAUUAUCGCGUCUUCUUAAUAUUUUGAUUUGAGUUGAACAUUUAUUUACUUCAAAGUGUGGUUUUUCUCAUUUGUUGGUGUCUGUGAUGCAAUUAUUCAUCUUUAUUCGAAGUUUACUGUGUGUGAGAGGUCAAGUAGGGGUGAAAUUUUUUCAUCCCUUGCUUGACGAUUAGGACAUCGGGGUGUAAUUUUGUCGAAACUACGACCUCAUGACAGGAUGAUUUCUAUUUGAUUCGGUACUGCAAUACUUAUUCGUGUAUUAGUACGCAUUACCGAGCUUGGAUCCUGCAACAGUGCAAUUCCAUAUACGAACUUGAAAGCUCGAAUCUGUGCAGUCAUCGUACCACCUUGACUACAUUCGACCAACUACACGGAAUCUACAACGAUUCAACUUACUGCACAGCUGUAGCCAUCAGGGAGGCAGAGACAUCCGGGUAAAAUCCGAGACCCCCGAGCUCGAGAACCAGAUCGAGUCCGGUCUUGGUACCGGCAGCGAUGGGUGGAUCAGACUCAUACCGCGUAUCUUCGGGAGUGGGUAGUGAUUCCGAAGUAAUGGCAGAAUUAGCGGCGCUUUUGCGCCACGAAAUUCCUGAUGGAAGGAAUAAUCUUGCGGAUAGUCACACUAAUUUGGAAAGAGUGGCGGAAUACUGCGAGGCAAAUUAUUUUCAAGCUGAAAACAAGAGGAUAGCGUUGGAGGAGACGAAAAAUUACACAACUCAAUCACUUGCCAGUGUGGCAUACCAGAUAAAUACAUUGGCAUACAAUUUCCUGCAGUUGUUGGAUUUACAGACGUCGCAGCUUGCUGAAAUGGAAAGUCAAAUGAAUCAUAUUGCCCAAACGGUGAUGAUACACAAAGAAAAGGUAGCUAGACGGGAAAUCGGAGUUCUUACCGCAAAUAAAAUGACAACAAGGCAGUACAAAAUCAUCGCUCCUGCCAAUCCGGAAAAACCAAUAAAGUACGUUAGAAAAAGCAUCGAUUACACUAUCUUGGAUGAUAUAGGACAUGGUGUACGAAGUGGUGGCACUCCAAGGAGCAAACAACGUGGAGGAAGUCAGGGAAGUGUCCAAAGUCUUGGUGCUACUUCUACCGGAUCUGGUUUAACCGCAGUUAUCGUUGGACCGGCACCAACUACAAAGCCUCCUACUCCACCACAAACUGUCAGAACAGGUACACUGAGUAAAGGCACCCGUGAGUACAGGACACCCCCUGCUGUGGCACCGCCACAAGUACCCAGCCACUAUGCACCUAAUUAUCCCUUAGGUCAUCCUAGACGUGAACGAGGUCCUGGAUAUAGCACACUACCACUUCAUGCUCAUACAACCCAACAUCCAUCUCAUGGACUUCAGCACACAUCUCAAUCCGCAACUCUUGCCCAACAUACUUUACCACCACAGGUAGGAACUGUACAUCCACUGCAAAGCCAUCCGCAAACUCCGCCUCCUGCUCCACCAAGUGUUACUGGAACUACUGGAUAUGUUCAGGAGCAUCUUAACAGCAUGCCACCACCCCCCUCACCUCUCGUGGGAGCAGGAGAUAUGGCAGACUAUGGUGGUCAUCAUACUCUGCCUCAUCGGCUAUCUCGUCGAGUAAGCCGUAGCAGUGGGGCCAGCAGUCCUCCCCUGCCACCUCCACCACCCCCUGAGCACGACGAGCAUUCACAAUUCGGACGGCCAACGCAAUCGUCUGGUGCUAUCAUGCCAAUUGUACCUGACGAAGAAGAUCUCCCUGGAUGGGUACCAAAGAAUUAUAUCGAAAAAGUGGUUGCGAUCUAUGAUUAUUACGCGGACAAGGAGGAUGAAUUGAGCUUCCAGGAGAGCUCUGUAAUUUAUGUACUGAAAAAGAAUGACGACGGUUGGUGGGAAGGUGUGAUGGAUGGAAUCACUGGACUUUUCCCUGGAAACUACGUAGAGCCUUGCGUUUGAAACUUAAUGUGAAAAUUCUUCAUUUAUCUCUUUCAUAACAGGUACCAAUGUUACCAAAAGUAAUAUUAGCAAGUUUAUUACUCCCAUAGCUAUGUAUGAAACGAGAGUGCUGUCACGCAAGUGAAAUUCAUUAUUAUGAAAUACAUCACUCGCAUUCUAUCAUGAAUUGAUAGAUCAACAUUUUUUUAGACGUUAGAUGUAUUUAAUUAGCGUUAAAGAUGGUAUAUAAAACCCACCUACAAUAGUCGUAUUACUAAGAGAUGUAUGUAUCUUCAAAAAAGAUGAAACCAAGUUCUUUCAUCACACACGAAUGAUGUUAGGUCUCGUAAUUAUUUCGUAUAUCAUUUUUAUAAGAAACAAAAUCAAGAAAGAAAAAGUCGAAUCACACGCGCAGUGUAUGAAAUCGUGUCCGGAUUGUUUGUAAUAGCAUCUAUACACGCAUAAAUGAUAAGGAAUAAGUUGGUAUCUUAUUAUUUUAUUUCAAUAACUAUCUAUACUUAUACAUAUGGGCAAUAAACAAUCUAAAUCAAAAUUAAAAA